AAAGAAUCUUAGGUGGUUGAUCUAUAGCGUGUUUCUCAAAUUUUCUUGUCUGUAGCACAGAUUGAAGAUAACGAACAGUGCCGCCGUUAUUUCCUCCUUCUCCACUGUGCGCCCGCCAUGGCUACCGUCUUCAACGACAUCCUAUUCCCGCCGAACCAAACCCUUCUCCGCCCCUCCCUCCAUUUCCCGACCUCCUUCUUCACCUCACCCCCUCGAAGAUUCCCUCGCUCUCGCCCUAACCCUAUCUUCCGCUGCUCCAUUGCCAAGGAAUCCACCGCAUCUCCGCCCAUAACCAGAGACUCAGUCCCCGUCGACUGCGUAGUCGUCGGCGGAGGCAUCAGCGGCCUCUGUAUCGCCCAGGCCCUCUCCACUAAACACGCCAAAUCCAAUGUCGUCGUGACUGAGGCCCGAGACCGCGUUGGAGGCAACAUCACCACGCUUGAGAGGGACGGGUAUCUUUGGGAAGAAGGUCCCAACAGUUUUCAGCCCUCUGAUCCAAUGCUCACUAUGGUGGUGGACAGUGGUUUAAAGGAUGAGCUUGUUCUGGGGGAUCCCGAUGCACCUCGGUUUGUGUUGUGGAAUGGAAAGUUGAGGCCCGUGCCCGGGAAGCCGUCAGAUUUGCCUUUCUUUGACUUGAUGAGCCUUGGUGGAAAGAUCAGAGCUGGCUUUGGUGCGCUUGGAAUUCGGCCUCCUCCUCCAGGUCAUGAGGAAUCGGUUGAAGAGUUUGUUCGUCGGAACCUUGGGGAUGAGGUUUUUGAACGAUUGAUAGAGCCUUUUUGUUCAGGGGUCUAUGCAGGUGAUCCUUCAAAAUUAAGUAUGAAAGCAGCAUUCGGCAAAGUUUGGAGGUUGGAAAAAAAUGGCGGUAGCAUUAUUGGUGGAACUUUCAAAGCAAUACAAGAGAGAAAUGCAGCUUCAAAACCACCUCGGGACCCGCGUCUGCCAAAACCAAAGGGUCAGACUGUUGGAUCUUUCCGGAAAGGACUUACCAUGUUGCCAGAGGCCAUUUCUUCUAGAUUAGGCAACAAAGUAAAGUUAUCUUGGAAGCUUACAAAUAUUAGUAAACUGGAGAGCGGAGAGUACAGUUUGAUGUAUGAAACACCAGAAGGUGUGGUUUCUUUGCAGUGCAAAACUAUUGUCCUUACCAUUCCUUCCCAUGUUGCUAGUACAUUACUGCGUCCUCUGUCGACUGCUGCUGCAGAUGCACUUUCAAAGUUUUAUUACCCUCCAGUGGCUGCAGUUUCCGUAUCCUAUCCCAAAGAAGCUAUUAGAUCAGAAUGCUUGAUAGAUGGUGAACUGAAGGGAUUUGGUCAAUUGCAUCCACGUACCCAGGGAGUGGAGACAUUAGGAACUAUAUACAGCUCAUCACUUUUCCCCAACCGAGCACCUCCUGGAAGGGUUCUACUCUUGAAUUACAUUGGAGGGGCUACCAAUACCGGAAUUUUACAAAAGACGGACAGUGAACUUGUUGAAUCAGUUGAUCGAGAUUUGAGGAAAAUGCUCAUAAACCCAAAUGCUCAGGAUCCAUUUGUAUUGGGGGUGAGACUGUGGCCUCAAGCUAUUCCCCAGUUCUUAAUUGGCCAUCUUGAUCUUCUAGACGCUGCUAAAGAUUCUCUUAGAAAUACUGGGUUUGAAGGGCUGUUCCUUGGGGGCAACUAUGUCUCUGGUGUUGCCUUGGGACGAUGCGUUGAGGGAGCUUACGAGGCAGCAGCUGAAGUAAACGAUUAUCUCACAAAUAGAGUGUACAAAUAGUGGCAAAUUUUGUUUUCAUGGAAUGGGUCGGAACUCUCGUGUUCCAUUGAAUUGUAAUAAUCACAGUUUCUCAAAUUCGUUCGUUAGGUUUUUGGUGGCUUCUACUGCAGAUAAUGUAAAAUUCACUUUAUUUUGUUCAUUAUCUAUUAACAUUUAUUUAGGAGGACUGAUAGCUAUUCUUUUGUCAUUCCAUAAUGUAGGAGGGUCAAGGUAGUCAAAAUCAUAAGUUCAAUCACAUUUAAGCUCAGCAUAAAAUACUUUUGGGAUUCA